AUGAAAUUGGCCGCUGGUUUAGUUGCUUUGGCAGUCACUCUCAGCCCCGUCAGAGGCGUUGUCGUGGAGUGGGGUCAGUGUGGCGGCAUAGGCUGGGCAGGCGAGACGACAUGUGCAUCGGGCCUUGUCUGUCUUGUAAACAAUGAAUGGUACUCUCAAUGUGUCACAGGUACAUCCUCGGUCCCCCCAACAACCUCCGCACCUCCUACAUCUACAUCUGUAACUCCGACAACGACAUCUUCUACGCCGACGACCAGUGUCGCACCCCCAUCCUCCACCGGCUUUGUGAAGACAUCAGGAACUGAGUUCGUGCUCAACGGAUCCAAGUACACGGUAGUGGGACACAACUCCUACUGGGUGGGACUUUCUGGGCUCAGUCUUAGCGACAUGAAUCAAGCAUUCUCUGAUAUCGCAGCGACAGGAGCAACUACCGUUCGCACCAUGGGCUUCAACGAUCAGACUGAUCCUACCUACUGGGGACCGUAUUACCAGCUCUGGACCGACGGCGUUCCGACCAUUAACACUGGCCCUACUGGGCUCGAAAACUUUGACAACGUCGUUGCGUUGGCUAAGGCGAAUGGUCUGCGCCUUAUUCCUGACUUGAGUAAUAGGUCGGACUAUGGCGGCAUGGAUGUCUAUGUCCAGCAACUUACCGACUCCACUGACCAUGAUUUAUUCUACACGGAUGCGACAGUUAUCGCUGCGUAUAAGAACUACAUACACGCGUUUGUUUCGCGAUACGUCAACGAGCCGACUAUUUUGGCAUGGGAGCUUGCCAACGAACCCAGAUGCCGAGGCACUUCAUCUACUACAUCGGGUUCAUGCACACCCGCCACCAUUACAAGCUGGGCGGCAGACAUCUCUGCAUACAUCAAGUCCAUCGACUCCAACCAUCUCGUGGCUCUUGGUGACGAAGGCUUCUUCAACCGACCAGGUUCUCCAACCUACCCCUAUCAGGGCUCUGAGGGCAUCGACUUCGAUGCUAAUCUCCAGAUCAGCACACUCGACUUCGGGACUAUUCACGAUGUUUGGGGUACGACUGCCGACGCGAUCGCUUGGGGUAAUGGAUGGAUUCGAGACCACGCUACCUCUAUGGUUCAAGCUAACAAGCCCGUGAUCAUGGAAGAGUUUGGCAUGCUCGAGAACAAGGUCCCGAUUUACACCGAAUGGUUCAACACAAUUGAAACCUCUGGCUUCACUGGAGAUCUUGUCUGGUUAGUGCUCCGCACAUGCCUCUCUGAAGAGUUUUCGUGGGGCGAUACUUACAACGGCGGCUACGCCAUUUAUCCUGGUGAUGAUGCCUACGCUCUCCUGACUGAACAUGCAGCUGCGCUGAAGGCUCGCCCUCUGUAA